CCCAUCCAUUUUCACUGUGUUUUUAGAAAGAGGUGGGGGGUUUAAGUGUGCCAUAUGCAAAUCCCCACUCUCUCCUUACAUUUUAAAACAAAUUCAACUUAUUACCAGCUGGGAUAUUGUGUGGAUUUUGAGCGUGCAUCUCAGUUUUGCUUUUUUUUUUCUUAUUUUGCUUUCACAGUAGUUUGGGCAUUGACAAAGCUCCGGGACAUGUCGACGGGGAAAGGCGUAUCUUUUUCUUCUCCUUUAACCAAGAUCCUCCCCAAGUUGGGACCCCUCUGAGCAGCUAUGACCUGAAGAAGUCUUGCGUGCAUGUACCACUCUGAACAGAGGAUUCACAUCUGGAGUGCGGAUUGUGAUUUUGUGAAAUUUAGUUAACUGAGAGGCAGCGGCAUCAUGCAAACCUCAUCACUUCGCCGUCAGAUGAAAAAUGUGGUCAACAACUACACCGAGGCUGAGAUCAAGGUCAGGGAAGCCACCUCCAAUGACCCCUGGGGACCUCCCACCUCUCUUAUGGCAGAAAUAGCUGAUUUGACUUUCAAUGUAGUGGCUAUUGCUGAAGUUAUGGGUAUGUUAUGGAAAAGGCUCAAUGACCAUGGUAAGAACUGGCGUCAUGUUUAUAAAGCACUAACCCUGAUGGACUAUCUUGUGAAGACUGGCUCGGAGCAAGUGGCGAAGGAGUGUAAAGAGAAAAUCUACUCCAUUCAGACUCUGAGGGACUUCCAGUAUUUAGACAGAGACGGACGUGACCAGGGCAUCAAUGUGAGGGAGAAGGCCAAGCAACUCGUGGCUCUGCUGAGAGACGAGGAGAAGCUGAAGAAGGAGAGGAGUCAGGCACUGAAAACCAAGACGCGCAUGGCCGGAGUGAGCAGCGGGCUGGGGUCCAUGCCCCCGCCCUACCCGGGGCGGCGCACCAGUCACCCAGCUGGAGCCUACGGAGAUGAGCCGGGCAGGUGCAGGAGAACAUCAUCCCCUCUUCAGUCCUCCUCUUCCUCCUCUCGCCUUGCCCCAGACAUCGAACAGGCUCGACCGCAGACCAGUGGAGAAGAGGAGCUUCAGCUGCAGCUGGCCCUGGCCAUGAGCCGAGAGGAGAGUGAAAAGCCACCUCCUCCAACUGUGGAUAUUGAUGAACAGACCCAACUACAAAUCGCAAUGAGUCUCAGCAAGGAGGAUUCAAAGAAGCCAUCCCCUCGUGCACCAACCAACAAUGUGGACUUGGAUGAUGACGCCCAGCUUCAGUUAGCCUUGAAUUUGAGCAAACAGGAGCACCAGCAGGAGCAACUCACUCGUCAAGGAGAUGAGUCAAUGCUAAAUAGGGCUCUUGAAGAAAGCAAACGUGAGAUGGAGGCUAAAGGCGGGACAGCUUUUAUGGACUUGGUAGAUAUUUUUGCGCCUUCACGGGACCCUCACAGCAGCCUACACCAGGCGGCUGCUCGAGGUGGAGGCAGGGACCCUUGGGACUCUCUGGAUGAAGGGACCAACCUGUCGAGACCUGACUCUCCAUGGAUGGCACCUCCAAGCAGUCCACCUCCACCCUGGGAGCCAUACCAGGCGUCUAUUGAUCCAUGGGACACCCCACUGAACAACGUGCCGGCCUCCAACAGUAGACCGUGGGCCUCUUCUGGCAGUGCAGGAGUAGAUCCUUUUGCUGCACCAUCUGAUCAGAUUCAAGGAGCUGGAAGGGGACCCUCUCCUCGUACUGGUAGCCCAUCAGAUGGUGACUUAUUUGAUGAAGCUAUGGAUGGCGGCAAAGUAAGCAUUAACGGGCGAGGUGAUGCGGCUAGUCCGGAGCUUUUUGACCUGACGAAUCUAAGGGAAAACUUGCCACUUGCUUCCAACUCUCGCACCUGUCGGACACCUGAGUCAUUCCUCGAUCCAGCUGCAGCUUCACUUGUAAAUUUGGACAGUUUAAUCCCAGUAAAUGAGCCUAAGAAUAAAAACCCAUUUUUGUCAGGUCUGAGUGCGCCUUCUGCCAAUAAUCCAUUCCAAACUGAGCAGCCUAAACUAACACUGAAUCAAAUGGGCUCUGGCUUGAUCUCUGCUGCUCCCAAUAAUGCCUCUCUUCCGUAUAGUGCCUCGCUGCCCCUGCCUUUGAGCCAUCAGCCCGCCAGCCUCCCCUCCUCUUUUACCCAUCCUACCCAACCCGGCCUGGACCUGCUGGGGACCAUGCCUGAGCCACUGCUGCCCCUGUCAGGCAGCAUGCAGGCAUCACAAGCCUCACAAGCCAAUCAAAACCCUUUCUUAUAAGGAACAACUAAAAAAAGAAAACUUUAGAGUUUCAGUAGGUAAUGAUUUUCCCAUGACUAUGGCUCAAGCAAAUCUGAUGCAUCUUGUACUAUUCUUAGUUAUUAUAUAAUGCCAUAUGAUAAUGUAACUCUAGAUUGAUUCAAAUUUGUGACAGGACUGUUGAUGUCCUCAUGUUAACUGGAAAGGUUUUAAAAUUUGUGAGCUUUGAGUCCAGCAAAUUGGCUUCUUGAAAUUUUCUGCGAAGUUGAGCAGAUGCUAAAAUACUGAAAAGCACACUUUAUGAUAUAUCAUUGACAAGUUUGAUGAGGACUUUUACAUUUGUCAAAAUGUCUUCCUGAAUUGCAGCAUAUGUUUUAUAAACCUGUUUGAUUUCUGUGUAAGGUCCUUUUCCUGUUUCCACACUGUUCAUAUGGAGCUAAAUGGCAAAUACAAAUCUCGCACAUGUGACAUCAU